GGCUCAGAGGUUUGCCGUUUGAAAGCAUGGCGCCAGUGGGCUCGUUGCUGGUGCUGUGUGAGGACAAGAUCCGGGAGAAGAGCGGCCUGGCGCCUCACCACGACCUGGCUGAACUUCGGUCAUUAUCUAUUCCUGGAACCUAUCAAGAAAAGAUUACUCACCUGGGAAAUUCUUUGAUGAAUUUAACAGGUCUAAAAUCUUUGGAUCUCUCACGUAACUCCUUGGUUAGUCUAGAGGGUAUUCAGUACCUGGCUGCACUGGAAAGUCUCAAUCUCUACUACAACUGCAUUUCCUCACUAGCAGAAGUACUCCGGCUCCACUGCUUGACGGAGCUCACGGACGUGGACUUCCGACUGAACCCUGUGGUGAAGAACGAGUCUGACUACCGCCUCUUCGUCGUGCACAUGCUGCCGAAGCUCAGGCAGCUCGACGACCGCCCCGUGAGAGAGAGCGAGCGGAAGGCAUCCCAGCUGCACUUCGCUUCUGAGGAAUCACUCGACUCCACACACAGCUUCCCAGCUGUCUGCAGAGUUGGAAGACCGAACCACUCCAGAGCUAAGUGCACUGACCCUUCUGCCAAGAAGUGCUUGGUCAUGAAUGCUGAUGACGAGGCCGUCCUGAACCUCAUUGCCGAGUGCGAGUGGGACUUGAGCAACCCUCCUAGGAGCACAAGCUGCAGCCAGAAGGAGCAGGAGGACGACUUCCACAGUUCCCAAGAAUCCAGACACCUGUGGAGCCCUCACUCGGUGCAGCACCAGUGUGGGGACUCCAUAAAGAAGGGCUAUGAGAAGAGGAAAGGCGGCCCCAGAGGGUGCUGUCCAGAAAAGAGGCUUCAGAACCAGCACUGCGGGGAGCUCCCGCCGCCGCCCGGAGACCCCCCGGAGGCCUGCCGCCCCUUCAGGCCGCACCCGCACUUCCCGCUGCACCCAGACUCCACAGACGCUGAGGACUCAGUGUCUUCUUCUCAGAAGUCAAGUUUGUCAACACAAAAGGUGUUAAAUCCUCUGCCUGCUCCCGAAAAGUACAGAAAGCGAAGAAUGCCUGGUGGGAGAUUCCAGGGGCCUGCAGACCAGGAGUGUCUCAGCUGCCUGGAGGACAGUCUGAGCAGACAGAACAGCUCUGAGGGCAGGAGCGAGAGGACCUUUUCCCACGUGGAGGCGUCUGAGCCUGAAGAGCAGAGGCCCCACAGCACGGGUGGCGCCAGGGAGGUGUCUCCCAAAUUGCACUCAGCUGUGCCACCUGGGAAGAAGGCCACCCUGGAGGUGACGUUCCUGGAUGCCCUCCUCGACCUGGUAGACAGGUACUGGCAUGGCUGCAAGUCCCUGCAUAGCAACGAGAUGUUCCUGGCUCAAGCAAGACAUGUUUUGUCAUCUGUUCAAGACUUUACAGCAACUCAGGACAGUUCAACAAUUUUGAGUGAAGAAAUUAACUACCUGACUCUAGAAAAUAAAUCUUUGCAAAAGCACCUUCUCGAACAACAGCAGCAGUACAGCGAGAAGAUUAGUGAAGUGGUGUCAGAGCUCAACAACACUCGGAAGGAGAUGGAUGACUUGAGACAACAUUUAGACACAUCUCUGGGAGAGAAUAGUAGCUUAAAGGCUCUUUUGUCCAGCAUGAAGAAAGAAGUAAAAAAUGCAGAGGCUUCAGCUGCGUUAAACUUGCAGAUCGGUGGGCUUCAGACCAACGUGAAGAGGCUAUCUGGUGAGAUCGUGGAGUUGAAGCAGCACCUGGAGCACUACGACAAGGUCCAGGAGCUCACGCAGAUGCUGCAGGAGAGCCACAGUUCCCUGGUCAGCACCAACGAGCACCUCCUGCAGGAGCUGGGCCAGGAGCGGGCUCAGCACAGGGCCGAGGUGGAGCAGCUGCACUGGAGCUACAAGGAGCUCAAGAAGACCAUGGCGCUGUUCCCGCUCAGCAGCGCCCGCCUCGGGAGCUGCUCCUGAACCUGACCUUCCAAGUUGUGAGGCGUGCACAUGUUUGUUCUUCACCUGGUGUACUUGUUGAUGAGAGUUGUCUCUUCUGUUUGCAGUUACCUUGUGAGUUCUGAGCUGUGGUCAGGGCCCACAGCUCGAUUUUCUAAGACAUUCUAAAAAGACAGGAUUAAUCCAAGCCGUUCACAUGUUUUGAGACAAAACACGUUGACAUAUUUUAAGACAGAUGAUUAAUUUUUCAUCAAAUAUCUUAAGAUAAAGGAAAUUCCAUUUUUUUGCUUAAUGUAAAAGAACCAUGCAUGGUGAUUAAAGAAAAUAAUU